GCAACAUCUGGUCCAACCACACAAACCUCCAUGGUCUUGGUGUCUGGGCAUAGCGCUCGGCGACGUUCGGGACAGGACAGACGCGAUAAGAAUAAUCCUCAAGUAUAAAAAUCACUGCCGCAGGCCCCCGUGGCUGGCAAGGGGGAUGCCCUCCCGGACGACCAAAACAGCAGCGACUAUGCGCCCAAGCCCCGCUCGAAGCUUGCUCGGUGGUACAGGAGCACGCUGUUCAACGUCAUCGUCGCUGGAAUGAUCUCGUUUACGCAGCCAGGCAUCUGGAACGCCCUGAUCAACACCGGCGCCGGCGGCCAGCAGGAGCCGUACCUCGUCAACGGCGCCAACUCCCUGACGUUUGGGCUGAUGGUGUUUGGCUGCGCCGUCUUCAGCGCGCUCGCCAACAAGUUCGGCCUCAAGGCCAUCCUGAUCGUCGGCACGCUGGGCUACGCGCCCUACUCCGCGUCCCUGUACAUGAACAACCGCUACGGCGUCGAGUGGUUCGUGCUCCUCGGCGCGGCGCUGUGCGGCAUCUCGGCCUCGGCGCUCUGGGCGGCCGAGGGCGCCAUCGCGGUCGGCUACCCGCUCGUGCACGAGAGGGGGCUGUACACGGGCGUCUGGCUCGGGCUGCGCCAGUGCGGCCAGAUCAUCGGCGGGGCCAUCAACCUCAGCCUCAACGUCGACAACGACCGGACCGGCCGCAUGGGCUACGCGACGUACCUCGUCCUCAUCGCGCUGCAGUGCCUGGGCCUGCCCCUGGCGCUGCUCAGCUCGCCGCCGCACAAGGUGGUCCGGUCCGACGGCACGGUGGUUUCGAGGAGGAGGGGCGUGGGGAGGCAAAAGACGGCCACGGUGCUCGAGUUUGGCAAGCUGUGGAAGCUGCUCAGGGAGAAGCGCAUCUACCUGCUCAUCCCGGUCCUGAUCACGUUUGACUGGAACCGGACGUACCAGGGCAUCUAUCUGACGCGCUACUUCUCGGUGAGGAGCCGAGCCCUCGCGUCGCUGACCUCUGCCAUCGUGCAGGCCUUUGCAGACCUGUUUUGGGGCUGGUUCCUGGACCAGAAGCGCUUCUCCCGUCCCAAGGCCGCCAAGAUCACCUGGACCGUCUUCAGCGUGGUCAUGUUUGCCAUAUUCGGCUGGCAGGUCGCCAACGAGCAGCUGUACGGCAGCUCGCCGGUGCCGGUGAGCCUGGACUGGGCGUCUCCGGGCUUUGGCAGGGGCUUCGCGGUCAACUGCCUCUUCAUGUUUAUGAACGAGAGCCACUACAUCUUUGUCUACUGGAUCGUGGGCACCUUUGACGCCGACGUCGAGACCGUCACCCUGAGCGUCGGCAUCGUCAGGUCCUUCGAGUCGCUCGGCGCCGCCCUCGCGUUUGGCAUUGGUGCCGCGCGCAUCUCGCCCAUGAUCAACCUGGCCGUCGCCUUUGCCGCCUUUGCCGUGUGCGUCCCGCCGACGUAUAUGGUCACGUUUAUGGUGCCGGAGCACCCGCGAGACAAUACGGCAGACGAAUCGGAGGCAUAACAGACAAUAAAUAAAUCGGGGCUUAUCUCUGGGCUAUACACCACGAUUGACUCUUUUCUCAAUUUGGUCUCUAUUUUCGGACAUGUAUAGUCCUCGGUCUGCGAACUUCCUUUGGAAAGUAAGAGCUUUCUUAUUCUCACCGACGAUGAACAAGGCAUGAG